AGCCAGCAGGAGAUGGACAGGACGCCAUUAUGGUUCCUCUACGUUCCUUACUGGAUCCAGGAAGAAACAACGAAGAGAAGAUUUUAGAAAUCACCAAGAAGAUCACUGACCUCCUGACAGGAGAGGUUCCUGUGAGGUGUCAGGAUGUCGCCAUCUACCUAACUAUGGCGGAGUGGGAGUAUUUUGAAGGGCACAAGGAGAGGUACACUGAAGCCAUGAUGGAGGACCACCGACCUCGAGGUUCAAGGGACAAUUUUAAGUCCAAAAGUUCUGCAGUUUUUCAUCCUGCGUUUCAGCCCACCGGGGGCCCAAGGGGUUCUAAAAUUGUUCCUUGGCCCAUCUCGCGGACAGAGUACCUGACUAUAUACAAUCCGAGUGACAGGCCAGGAAGAUCUGUGAGCAAUGACUCAGAUGAUUCCUCCUCGAGCGAUGACGAUGAUGAUGAUGACGACGACGAUGAUGACGACGAUGAAGAUCUCCAUAAUGCCGAGCUCUACAUACAGGCUCAGUACACGUCUUCUAACGCCCAAGCUCCGGAGUCUGACUCGAGCGACGAGGAUGUCAUCUACAUAUCCACUCAACACACUCAAACCAAGCGUCCGAUGUUCUAUAGAAGAGAGGAACCGGCGUCGCGCCAACAAAUGAACCUUCAACACCUCUACAUCCCUCGCUCUCCCGCCUACAGGCCUAACCCGGUCCGCCAACCUCCCAAAGCCAACAACAACGCUCCGAAAAUGAGCGCCAUGCUCAUGAGGCACAGCGAGCUCAACCGGGCCAUUCACAUAAAGCCGGCUCCUACUCCAGCACUCCAGCCAAUGCCGAUGCCGCGGAGGCUCUACAGUUGUCCCGAAUGCUCCAAACUCUUUCCCACCAACGGAGACCUGAUGCGACACCAGAGGCUCCACAAGAAGAAGAAGCUGACGUGCAACCAGUGCGGCAAAAUCUUCCCGUACAAGUCGCACCUGAUCCGCCACCAGAGCGUCCACACCGGGGAGCGGGCCUUCGUCUGCUCGGAGUGCGGCGAGAACUUCCUGUGCAAGUCGCACCUGGUCACCCACCUGAGGAUCCACACGCGGGAAAAGCCGCUGGUCUGCCAGGACUGCGGCAAGCACUUCUCCUGCAACUCGGCACUCAUCACCCACCGCAGAAUCCACACCGGCGAGAAGCCCUUCGUCUGCCCCAUAUGCGGAAAGUCCUUCGCCCAGAGCUCCAACCUCCUUUCCCACCAGAGGGGUCACACCGGCGUCAAGAAGUUCAUCUGCAGAGAGUGCGGCAAGAGCUUCGCACAGAAAAACGACUUGAAUAGACACUUGAAAAUUCAUAGAGGACAAAUCGCCGUGUUUCCUUGCCCCGAAUGUGGGAGGAGUUUCACCUCCAACGCUCUCCUCACCGUCCACCAGAGGACCCACACGGGAGAGAGGCCCUACGAGUGUUCAGAGUGUGGCAAGUGCUUCACCCAAAGGCAGCACCUCCAGGUCCACCAGCGCAUCCACACCGGGGUGAAGCCGUACCAGUGCGACGAGUGUGGGAAAAAGUUUGCUACCGCCUCGGGCCUGGCGCUGCACAAGAAAGACCACACGGGGGAGAGGCCCUUCCAGUGCUCCGAGUGCGGCAAAGGCUUUAAAUUGAAGCACUUGCUCCUCAGGCACGAGAUGAACCACACAGGCGCCAAGCCGUUCCCUUGUUCCGAGUGCGGCAAAAGCUUCCCGACCGCCCACCGCUUACGGAGCCACCAGCUGACCCACACCGGGGAAAAGCCGUACGAGUGCCCGGAGUGUGGGAGGCGGUUCUCCACCAGCUCGCAGCUCUGUAGCCACAAGGUCGUCCACACCGGGGAAAAGCCCUUCGUAUGCUCAGAAUGCGGAAGAGGGUUUGCCCACAGGAGCCACCUACGGGGCCACCAGAGCGUCCACACCGGGGAGAGGCCAUUCGCAUGCAGCGAGUGCGAUAGGCGGUUCGCCAGCAAAAACUCGCUUGUGAAGCACGAGAAGACACACACGGGCGAAGCGAAGAGCAAGCGCUCCAGGAACGACGAAGAGAAUGGAAUCGUGGAGAAGGUCCUCGACGGCAAGAAGGUGUUUGAGUGCUCUGAAUGCAACAAACACUUCCCCCGCAAGAGUGGCCUGAGGCAGCACAAAAAAAUUCACACCGGCGAGAAAGCCUUCCAGUGCCAGGAGUGCAGGAAGCUGUUCACGCAGAAGGUGACCAUGGUCAACCACAUACAGAGGACCCACUGCAAGGAGAAGACCUUUCAUUGCUCGGAGUGCAGCAAGGCCUUCUUCGUGAAGGAGGAGCUUAGGAAGCACGAAAGGACCCACACCGGGGAGAAACCUUUCACCUGCUCCGAGUGCGGCAAAGGGUUCAGAGACAAGGCCCGCUUGGUGGUCCAUCAACGGGGCCACACCGGCGAAAAGCCGUUCUCCUGCCCAGAAUGUGGCAAAGGCUUCAGUGACAACGGAAACCUCUCCCGGCAUCAGAAAACCCACAUGGGCCAUAAACCGUUCACAUGCUCUGAAUGCGGGAAGGGCUUCCUCAGCAACUCUCAGCUGACGUCCCACCAGAGGUCCCACACAGGCGAGAAGCCCUACACGUGCUCGGAAUGCGGCGUUGGCUACAAACACAAGGGCAGCCUCGCCCAGCAUCAGAAGAACCACACUGGGAACAAACCGUUUGCCUGCUCCGAAUGCGGCAAAUGCUUCUCCGUCAACGGCGAUCUGACCAGGCAUAAGAUGACCCACAGUGACGAGAGGCCGUUUGCUUGCUCCGAGUGCGGCAAAGGCUUUAGAGAUAAGAAGAGCCUGGUCUUGCACCAUCGGAGUCACACGGGGGAAAAGCCGUACGAGUGCCGGGAAUGCGGCAAAUGUUUCAGCUUCAACGGGAACCUGAGGGCCCACGAGCGGAUACACACAGGGGAAAAGCCCUAUGCUUGUCAGGACUGUGAGUUGACCUUCGCUUCUGGCUCCAGGUUGGUGGUCCACAGGAGAGUCCAGCACUCGAGUGGAAUAACCAGCAUAGGGGAGGAACAAAUGGAAACUUCCUAUGAGCCCACAGCUUCCUAUGAUUCAACCCCACAGCUUCCUAUGAGCCCACUUCCUUUGAGCCCAUCUCCACAGCUUCCUGUGAGCCCAGUUUCACAGCUUCCUGAUUACACAGUCGUAAAAAAGACAUCCAGCCAUCUUAUGAACUCCUACAGCUGCCCUCAUGGUUCACAAGGAUGGAACAAGAACCCUACCAUGAAGCUUCCACCUCGCACCCCAAUACCCGAGAAGAACAACCACAAGAAGAUCCUGGACGUCACUAAUGAGAUCAUUGAGCUACUGACGAAAGAGACAUCACCGGAUGGAUCCAGUAAGAGGAACCCACCAGAGAGAUGUCCAAAACCUCAUAUUUCCCAAAAUUCCACACAGGAACUUCCCAAGAACCCUCAGGGCUAUCCUGGUGACGGCCUGAUUGUGGUUAAAGUUGAGGUUGAGGAGGAAGCAGAGGAACCGUAUGUUCGGUGUAAGGAGGAGGAAAUCCCUGCUGAGAUCGAUACAGGUGUGGAACACAACAAGAGAACCUUCGAGAAAGAGGAAAAUCACCUAGAAUCCCAUGUGGGUGGUCCACAAAGAAGUGAAUGCCAGAAUAUGGUGGACAAUAGACUGAUGAUGCCAGGCAAAGAGACUGUUAGAGCAAAGUCUGAGUACAGCUCCCCAAGUGGAGAGGAGGACUUUGAGUCAGAUCUGGAAGAAGACACAAAGCCGGUGCACAACAGAGUGGGCAGGUUCUCCUGCGGGGACUGUGGCAAACAUUUCCGGUAUAAAGCUCAUCUGACCGUCCACCAAAGAAUUCAUACUGGGGAGCGCCCUUACGAAUGUCCGGAAUGUGGAAAAUGUUUUGCCACCAGCUCGCAGCUCACCAGCCACAAGUCCUCCCACAGCGAGGAGAAACGCUACGAGUGCUCCGAAUGCGGCAAACGCUUCCGGUGGAAAAGUCUUCUCGUCGUUCACGAGAGGCGCCAUCGAGGAGAGAAGCCCUUCGAGUGCCGCCAGUGCGGGAAGGCCUUCGCUGGGAAGUCUAACCUUCUCACCCACGAGAGGAGCCACAUAGGAGAGAGGCCGUUCACCUGUUCCGAAUGCGGGAAAUGCUUUGUUGCAAAACACACACUGUCCCGCCACAUGGUCAUCCACACGGGCGAGAAGCCUUUCACCUGUCCGGAAUGCGGCAGGCGAUUUGCCAAAAUGUCAACCUUUUUGAGGCAUCAGGUCAUGCACCUAAAGGAGAAGCCCCACUCGUGCCCAGAUUGUGGAAAGUGUUUUGCCAAAAAGUCCAACCUCGUUCGGCACCAGCGUAUGCACACGGGGGAGAAACCUUACUCCUGCCCGGAGUGCGGGAAGUCUUUCACGUGGAAGCCGUCCCUUGAGCACCAUCUGAGGAAGCACCGGGGCGAGGUCCCGUUUUUUUGCUCCGAGUGCGGCAAGUGCUUUGCCCAGAAGUCCAACUUCAUGCAGCACCAGAGGACCCACAAGGGGAAGGAGCCGUACUCCUGCUCCGAAUGCGGAGAAUGCUUCGCCAAGAGGUCAGCGCUGGUCAUGCACCAAAGGACUCACCUCAACGAGAAACCCUUCUCCUGCUCGGAGUGUGGGAAGUACUUUGUCCAGAAGUCCAGCCUGAUGGAACAUCUCAAGAUGCACUCGGGGGAGAAGUCCUAUUCGUGCGCCGAAUGCGGGAAGACUUUUCAGUGGCGCUCGUCCUUGUUCUACCACGAGCGCAAGCACAAGGGGCUGAAGCCCGUGUCGUGCUCGGAGUGCGGCAAAGGCUUCGCCCAGAAGUCCCAUCUCGCCCAGCAUCAGAAGAUGCACGCUGGGCAGAGGACCACCAAUUUCCCAAAUUCUUACCUCAAAGAAGAACUCCGUUAA